CUCCAUUGCCUGAAGAAAGGAUGUGAUUGGGGGAGUUGGGAAUGUAGGUUUUCUAGAAGGCUGAAGGAGUGUGGAUUAUCUGGGGGUGGUCUGUAAUGCACAAAAUUUGAAAUGGCUUCAAGGGGAGCAAUUGAGACCAGUAAGUUGAAACAGAACUUGGAAGAGCAACUGGAUAGACUAAUGCAGCAAUUGCAAGAUCUGGAGGAGUGUAGAGAUGAUCUGGGUGCAGAUGAGUAUGAAGAGACCAAGAAAGAAACCCUUGAGCAGCUGAGUGAGUUCAAUGAUUCCCUGAAGAAGAUCAUGUCUGGAAACAUGACAUUGGUAGACGAACUUAGUGGGAUGCAGUUGGCUAUACAAGCGGCCAUCAGCCAGGCUUUUAAAACCCCCGAAGUCAUCAGGAUGUUUGCCAAAAAGCAUCCAGGGCAGCUGCGGACAAGAUUGGCAGAGAUGGACAGAGAUCUGAUUGUUGGAAAGUUGGGACGGGACGUCUAUACUCAGCAAAAAGUGGAAAUUCUCACCGCUCUCAGGAAGCUUGGGGAGAAGCUGACUCCUGAUGAUGAGACUUUUCUUUCAACAAAUGCAGGAGCUGCUCUCAGCCAGUUUGUGAGAGUUUCCAGUGAUCUUGGUAAGUUAAAAAAAAAAAAAUCUCCCCAUGCCUCUUUCCUUGAUCAUGUGUGUCAAACUUCUCACAAUCAGGAGAAAAGAAAUGGUGUCUCAUCAUUCUUAGUUCAUGACUACAGCUCAUCUGCUUCCUCUUCAUUAACAGGCAUGGAGGUUGGAUUCACUGCCAUAUAGCAUGAAAAUGAGUGUA